AUGUCGGGCUCAAACGAAAACGACACCACCUUCCUCGGUGCAAACGUAAUCGAUGGCUCCGGCGCACGACCAGCCUAUCAAGCCAACGUCCACAUCCGCAACGGUCUCAUCCACAGCAUCGACGAGUCCGACGACCUAGGCUGGACAGACGAAAGAGUCAUUGACUGCUCCACCGGCCACUGGACCCUCUGCCCAGGCUUCAUAGACAUGCACGCCCACUCCGACCUCUCACUCCUGCACACACACGCCCACCUAGCCAAAAUAACCCAAGGAGUAACGACCGAAGUAAUCGGCCAGGACGGUAUCGCUUAUGCACCCGUUGACGAUCAAGCGAUGGCGAGGAUCAAGAAACAGAUUUCCGGCUGGAAUGGCGAACCCAAGAGCCCCGAGGAUUUCUUUGACAGGUGGAGGAGUGUGAGGGAGUAUUUGGAUGUUUUGGAUCAGGGGUUGGAUGGGAAGGGGAUUGCUACUAAUGCCGCUUUCUUGGUUCCGCAGGGGAAUUUGAGGAUUCUGACGAUGGGCUAUGAGAGUCGUGCGGCUACGAGGGAGGAGACUGAGAGGAUGAAGGAGAUUCUUACGAUUUCGCUGGAAGAGGGGGCGGUGGGGAUGUCGAGUGGGUUGACAUAUGUGCCUGGCAACUUUGCUACGUUCGAUGAGCUGGUGGAGCUUUGUAAGGUGCUUGUGAAGUAUAAUGCCUACUACUGUCCCCACCAUCGCUCGUAUGGCGCCGGUGCUAUGGAAGCCUACGCCGAGAUGAUUGAGCUAGCACGACAGACGGGCGUACGUCUCCAUCUCACACACGCUACACUGAAUUUCCCAGAGAACGCAGGACGAGCUGAUGAGCUGCUCAGGAUAAUUGACGACGCACUUGCAGAAGGCGUCGACAUCACUCUCGACACAUAUCCCUACACCCCGGGCUCCACAACCCUAGCCGCUCAACUCCCAAGCUGGGUAUCCAGCAGCUCAGACAAACUCGCCCUUCUGAAGGACCCCAUCCAACUAGCCAAACUGAAACACCAAUGCCUCAUCACCGGCUCAGACACAGGCGGAACCCUAGACUGGCCCACCCUCGAAAUCAGCGGCGUCCUAAACCUCAAACUCGCCUCUUCCUGCGUCGGGAAACGCAUCUCCGAGAUCGCUGAAGAGCGGGACGAGGAGCCCUUCGAUACAUUCAUUUGGUUGUUGAAGGAGGACGAUUUCAGCACCACCAUCUUAAUGCAUGUAGGGCACGAGUCUAAUGUGCGGAAGAUUAUGCGGCAUCGGCGACACACGGGCGGUAGUGAUGGGAUUCUGACGAGCACGAAACCGCAUCCGAGGGGUUGGGGCACGUUUCCGCGGUAUCUUGGGCAUUAUGGGAGAGAUCUAAAGGAAGGUAGGGUUAGGGAUAUUCAUGCUCCGAAGAGGAGUUCUGAAGGUGGAGCGGUGGAGGAGGAGUUUGAGGAUGUGGUGCCGGAGACGAUUUUCGAGGGUGGGCUGGAGGAGGUGGUGCAUCAUCUUACUGGGAGAGCAGCGGAUGUACUUCGCCUGAGAGAUCGGGGGUUGAUACGUGAAGGGUAUCGAGCGGAUCUUGUGUUGUUUGAUGCGGAGACAAUACGCGAUCGGGCUACUUUUGCUGAUCCGCAACAGCCUGCUGAGGGGAUUAGGAUGGUUAUGGUUAAUGGUGUUUUGGCUGUGGACGAGGGGACGCCGACAGGUGCGAGGGCUGGGAAGACUGUACGGAUGAAGCGGGAGGGGAGUGGAUGGGUUGUCAGAUGA